UGUCAGCUUCCUGGACGAGAGUAAGAUGCGAAAAGGCCGAGAGAAUCGCUUCCCAGGUUCUUGCAUCGCGCGGGGAGCUGCGGUUGAAGAUAGCGAUGGCGUCGUCGAUGGAUGCGUCUCGCGGGAGGGAAGAGAUCAGCAAGGUGGAGAGCGUGGAAUCGGGAAGGAAUGGGAUUUGAUCGAAGAGGAGCUUCGCUUGGUGGAACUGGCAGCUUUGAAGGCAAUCGAUCAAAGAUAUCGCGUGCUUGAUCCAAGCUUCGGUCCUGAGCCAGCAUCUGGAUCAUGGUCGUGCAGCAGAGCAAGUUCCACUGCGGCAUGGCCGCGAAGAUCAUUCUUGCAAGUUCCACAAGGUCCCGUCUUCCGGCAUUUGCAGCGAGGAGCGCAGUCCAUGAGAUUACAUCUUUCUGCGGCAUGGAAUCAAACAAAAAUUAAGCUUCUUGAUCCAGGAUAGAUG